CGUUACUUCUAACCCGUCUUCUCGGCACGUCAGCCAACAUAAAGUCCACCUGCCAACAAAAAAACGUGGCAUCGGAAUCCAUCACUUUCGCAGCAAGAUCGGUCUUCCCAAAAAUUGCCACCCAGAUUCAAAUACAAUCAGUUAACAACCCUCAUCACUCAACCAUCAAUAAGACGCCAUCAGCUUCCUGCACCGUGCAAUGGCUCUUGGACUCGCUUCCGUAGCGGCAGUAGCUGGAGGACUUGCGCACACCCCUAUCGCACUGCUCACACUAAUACCACUUUUAGCUGUAGGAGUCAAUUACUAUAGAUACCAAAGUGUGGAUCCGGAGACGAAUCCCACCGACCAGCAGACGCUAAGACGAUACUAUGACUUCGUCGUCAUUGGGGCCGGUUCGGCCGGAGCCGUCGUGGCAUCGCGGCUGUCCGAAAUCGGCGACUGGUCGGUGCUGCUACUCGAGGCUGGCGGUGACGAGAACGAGGUAACAGAUGUACCCUCCCUGGCCGGUUAUCUGCAGCUGACCGAGUACGACUGGAAGUACCAGACAACGCCGUCGGCCGACCGGCGCUACUGUCAGGCAAUGAUCGGCGACCGAUGUAACUGGCCGCGCGGCAAGGUGAUGGGCGGCUCGUCCGUACUGAAUGCGAUGGUAUACGUACGGGGUAAUCGGCGUGACUACGACUACUGGCAGGAGCAGGGUAAUGUCGGCUGGGGUUACGAGAAUGUGCUGCCGUACUUUAUCAAAUCGGAAGACAACCGCAAUCCGUACAUGGCACGGUCACCGUACCAUGGUGUCGGUGGCUACCUGACCGUACAGGAGGCACCCUGGCGAACGCCCCUGUCGGUGGCAUUUGUGGCGGCCGGGCAGGAGCUUGGUUACGAAAAUCGUGACAUCAACGGAGCGGAUCAGACUGGGUUUAUGUUGCUCCAGGCAACGAUACGUCGUGGUAGCCGGUGCAGCACCUCCAAAGCAUUCCUGCGUCCGGUGCGGCUACGUCCAAACCUUCACAUUGCCAUGAACGCGCACGUCACCCGCAUUCUGUUCGAUGAACAGCACCGUGCGUACGGGGUGGAGUUCGUACGUCACCAGAAGCGGCAGUAUGUGUUCGCGCGCAAAGAAAUCAUACUGUCGGCGGGAGCACUUAACUCACCUCAAAUACUGAUGCUGAGCGGUGUUGGACCGACGGAUCAUCUUGCAGAGCUGGGCAUACCGGUGGUGUCGGAUCUGCCCGUCGGUGACAACCUGCAAGAUCAUGUCGGGCUUGGUGGUUUAACGUUUCUGGUCGAUCAACCCGUCACGGUGAAAACGUCCCGCUACAGCUCCGUACCGGUAGCGCUCGAGUACUUCCUCAACGAACGGGGCCCAAUGACGUUUCCCGGCAUUGAAGGUGUCGCGUUCGUUAACACCAAGUAUGCGGACCCGUCCGGCAAAUGGCCCGACAUACAGUUCCACUUUGGUCCGAGCUCGGUCAACUCGGACGGCGGUCAGAACAUUCGGAAAAUACUGAACCUACGCGACGGGUUCUACAACACCGUGUACAAACCGAUCCAGAAUGCGGAAACCUGGACCAUCUUGCCAUUGCUACUGCGCCCGAAAAGUACCGGCUGGGUACGGUUGCGCUCGAAAAAUCCAUUCGUGCAACCGUCGAUCGAACCGAACUACUUCGCACACGAGGAGGAUGUGGCCGUGCUGGUGGAAGGCAUCAAGAUUGCGAUCAACAUCUCGUACACGCAAGCCUUUCAACGGUUCAAUUCGCGUCCGCAUGCGAUCCCGCUGCCCGGCUGCCGUCAUCUACCGUUCAUGUCCGAUGCGUACUGGGCGUGCACGAUCAAGCAGUUUACCUUCACCAUCUACCAUCCGACCGGCACGGCCAAGAUGGGACCGAGCUGGGACCCGGGCGCCGUGGUUGACCCACGGUUACGCGUGUACGGUGUGUCCGGGUUGCGCGUGGUCGACGCAAGCAUCAUGCCGACCAUCAUCAGCGGCAACCCGAACGCACCCGUCAUCAUGAUCGGUGAGAAGGCGGCCGACAUGAUUAAGGAGGACUGGGGCCGACUGGUCGGUUGGUAACGGUUCGGGAAGGAUAGCAAAUAACCGGAUAUCACAAUGUCCGCCGGAAUCGAAGGAAUUUAACUUAACUCUAGCUAGUCAAAUAAUCACACGCUCGAUACUCUUCGAUGCUCUGAUACAAGAAAAUGCGUGCGGCGAAAUGUAUGAGUGUUUUGUAGCUUGUAAAAUAUGUACGUGUUCUCUAUAUGUGUAAAUCCGCACCGGGAUCCGGCUGCUAGCCAGUCUUGGAUGUGAUGCAAAAAAUGUGAAGUUUUUUGUUUUAGAAAAAUUUUUACAAUUUCAUUUGGAUAACCUCAGCAACUCUAGCCACGCGGCAUCCAGUAGCAGGUAGGAUAGCAGUAACUGUAGUGGUAGUAGAGACUAAUAGUGACCCGCGUUCGCUCGUAAGCCGAACGUGCCAAGGCGCGUGCGCGCGCGCGCCCGUUUGUGUGUGUGUGUUUUCCAAAUGAAACAUUGUUGUAGAAAUGAAUAAAAGGGUUUUUGUACAGCGUGGCGUACGGGGGGCAUAUAAGGGAAAACAAAAUAAGGGCGUAAGGAAUAAAAGAAAAAAAAACAACAAACCCACAACAUCAACGCGAUGAGCGGCGAUACAGAAAGCAUUCGUUCUUGUGUACAUUUAAAAUGCGAACAAAAAAAAACAAAAAUGUUACCAACAAAUAAAUGGAAUUGAUAGUGAAUAGAUGAAACCGAUACGAUUGAAGCUACAUUAGAAGUUGCGAUUAGUCUUCCGGAAAGAAAAUAUCACUGACGCAACCCCACACAACCGUACGCGCUAUGACCCCGUUUUAUGUUUCUUUUUUGACCGGCCGCAUCACCUUUUCGUGUACGUGUGAAGGAAGCAAAAACUUCAUUAAAUUCUCCCAACAAAUCACACCAAUUAAAACUGAGCUUCAACGCUAGAGAAAACGAAAGCCUGAUUAGCCGUAUGAUCCACAUUGGAAAAUGUGGGGCAAAAGUAUCCGCUACAUACUAAUGGUAUGGUUCAAGUUUCUUUCGAUAUUCGCCGGUAUGUUGUGCUUAAGAUUUUCUCCUUCAUUUUCACCGAUCCACCCGAUCCCCUUUGCUAUACAAUAACCGAAUAUUAUUCGGGCGUUCGAGUGCGCACAUCAUUACAUAUUCUAAGUGUGGAAAAGUGGAUGUGCUCCGCAUAUGACGGUCGGAUUGGGCAACCUGAUGCACAACAAGGCAGGUUGCCGGUGUAAUUUACAUAAUUCCAUACGACCGUGUCGUUUCUUUUUUUAAUUUGGUGGAUCGUGGCGCUUCUAUUGGAUUGAAUAUUUUACUUCCGUGGUUAAGGGUCCUAGUUCAGGCGAAUAAUUUUUUAUGUGUAAUUUAUUUCAUAUAUCCUCAUAACAAAUACAAAACUACAGAAAAUCAUGGAUUGAGAAAUACAUACAAUAAUCUUUCUGCAAACACGUGUAAUUUACAAUUUCGUUUGGUAUUUUUAUCCGCCUAAAAGUAUGCAAUUGCAUUGUACACGGGUUCAUUUCUAUGAAUGAACACACUGACAGGGGAGCUUCUGUCAUCCAUUCAUGCAAUACAGGGCUUUUAUGUAGGAAAACUAUUUAUUGCAUUACAAAAUGUAUUUUUAAAAUUGUUUUUUUUUUAUAAAACAUAUGCUAACACAACAAUACGAUCGAUACCACACGUUAUGUACAAAAUUGCACAAAUGUUUUCUGACAUAAUACGAUAUGAUUUAACUUUUUUUAAAUAUCACAAAAUUGUUGGUGGUGUAGGUUGCCUAAUCUCGUGUUUUUCUCAUAACUGAACCAAUACCAAACCCCAUCCGAACUGUUCUCCUGCCCUCAGUCCAAACAUCUUGAGGUUGUAGUGCCACAAUAGUAAAAGAAGAAACUAUGCAAUAAAUAGUAAAACAAAACUAUUGCUGGUUAUGUUGCAUGCAUUUAAAUCUCACAUUUUCUUACAUUAGAAGUAGCCACAAUGCAAACACAUGUCCUCAAUAAUGAUCAGUAUCUUAAUCAAAGACUAAAGCAACUCAUGACGAUCAAUUAUUUUCAUACCACCCGUCAAGGUUACCGCGUACAAUAACGGGCAACUACACCAUCCUCGGUCCUGAUGAAAGUGACGUGACCAAGCAUGCGUCCGGUUCCGAAAGGUGAUCGCAUAAUCCACCGUUACAAACAAUUGCAUAAGGAACCAUUUCUACCGUGCGUGAACGUGAACAAUGUCACAUACAUACCAUCGGGGAUCGUCUAACGAUGGAUCGCACUGCCUUGGAACGCAACGAGAAAAUGAGGGGAAAUGCAAACCAUCAGCAAACUAUUUCAACAUUUGAAAAAAAAACAAAACAUAAAACACUCUGCGGUGGUACACUCUUUCAGCUGCCACUCCUUUUGACUGACAUUUGAAUUCGCAAUAGAUACUACUUUGGACACUUUUGGUUCCGGCGGUGCAAUGCAUUCACUGGGUUUGCGAACCCGCAAUACUAUUAAACAGUGUACGAUCGGAAGAUGUUAAAGAAAAAAAAGGAAGCAUAUAGCCUUGCGUAAGUAUACGAUUUUAUUACGGAACAGUUCCGAACCUUUUUAAUUCAUCUGAUGAUGGUAAAUAAGUUUGCAAAUUUGUAAACUAAGUUUGGCAUGGGUUUAAUAGCAAUAAGAAUAUUUGUAUAAAUGGUCAACAUACAUAAAUUGGGCAUAGACAAUUGAAUAACAUAUGAGAGAAAUUGUGCAUAUUUCUCCAGCAAAUUCUCUUCGGAUGUAUGAAUAACUUACAUAUGAACCUUAUGCAUUCUCUCUGUAAAAAUAGACACAACAACAAACAGGGAAUAUUGUUUGAAAUUAACGUUCGUUAUCAUAUAAAUUUACUUUUAUUUAAUGGGCUUGAAGAAUUUUCUUCUAUCACUGCGUAAAUACCAAUCAAGGCUCCGAGCCCAUGAAAUCAAUCGCUGUGUCAUGUAACGAAUGUUGAUGCGAUAAUGAUUGCAAAGCAUGCCAAACAUUUCUCCCGCCAUGAUGUGGUCUCUUCGUGCACGGACCGCGGACUGCGCUAUGUUCUCGUAAGUGUAAAACAUUUCAAGCUCCAAUUGUUUUUGUGCCUUCGCCACAAACCAAUCCUCGCCGCGCAAAAUAGUUAAAAAGGGAAUGAAUUUUGCCACUUUUUCCCACAGAUGAACGAGUGCCGGCUCGUGCCACCAAAGCGUGAUGGACCAAAUGGCAAAUUUAUUGCAAAAUUAAGCGAUACCAAAGGUAUUGCGAAGGCAUCCAAUUGCAUACGUACUGAAGCAAAUAGUCGAUCAGAUUUUUCUAGCUUUAUUGUAGCAGAACGCAACAAAAUGUUGAAUAAGUCGAAUUUAUAAUGAAGCAAUAAAAUGCAUAAACACAAAAAAACGCACCCACGCAAACAUAAUUAACAGCAUCUUCUUGUCUAAGAAAACAUUCGUUUAGCUAUUUAUGUGUCAUCGUAGUAGAUAUGUGCACAUGCAUGUUGUUCGCCCGAUUAAUGACGAUCGCGG